UCGGCUCUGUGUCGUUAUGAACAAUCACCAGAACUUCUUCCAUUCUUUUGUGCCAUUUGCUGCAUGGAUAUCUCUGGAAGAAGCAUCUAAGCCCUGGCUUUUUCGACUUUAACCGCUGCUUCUCUGUAUCUCCAACCUGGUGUGUAGGUAUGGCCUAAGGAGAUCUAUACAGCCUCGGUAAAUAACCGACACAGUUUCCUAGGCUGCCAUUCAAAAGAUAAGAAAGCAAUAAGAGCCGUGCUGACUAAAUGUAGCUCACCGUAGGUUGUUAUCAUGAUUAAGUACUUACCUAGGUACUGAUAAGGCCUCCCAAGGUGGUACCUGCUGUGGGUACGAAGAGCAGCAGCUGUACAGCAGAUCCCUGCUGGUCGUAGUUAGAGCUCCUUGUACUGUGACGCACAAUAGCAAAUGUGGCAUCUUUAGUCUUGAUUUCAAAGCCCCUCUUACCGUUAGCAACUCGAACCAUUUGUGGUAAAUAGAGUAUAUCUGCCUGCCUCUUUUCUCAUUUCACCAGCGGUUUUCAUCGUCGCACUAUCCCCACUUUUGUCACCGAUACUACAAUCCAUUGUUCUUGUUGUAAUCUUUCAAUAGCCAUGGUUUUACUCAAGAGCUUCGUGCUCGCCGGUCUGACGGCCGUGGUUGCCGCCAAGUCGGCUGUUCUCGACUUGAUCCCCGACAACUUUGACAAGGUCGUCCUAAAGUCCGGCAAGCCUACACUGGUCGAGUUCUUCGCCCCCUGGUGUGGUCACUGCAAGAACCUCGCUCCCGUCUACGAAGAAUUGGGCCAGGCUUUCGCCACCUCAAAUGACGUCCAGAUCGCCAAGGUCGAUGCCGAUGCCGAGAAGGCUCUCGGAAAGAGAUUUGGCAUCCAAGGUUUCCCCACAUUGAAAUGGUUUGAUGGCAAGAGCGACAAGCCAGAAGAUUACAAGGGCGGCAGAGAUCUGGAGAGCUUGACUAAAUUCGUCACUGAGAAGACUGGCGCAAAGGCCAAGAAGGUGUUGCAAAUGCCUAGUCAAGUAGAGAUGUUGACAGACAAAACCUUCAAGAAGACUAUUGGUGGCGAUAAGAACGUUUUUGUUGCUUUCACGGCACCUUGGUGUGGUCACUGCAAGAAUUUGGCCCCGAUCUGGGAGACCCUCGCCGAAGACUUCUUGAACGAGCCCAGUGUCGUCAUUGCUAAAGUCGACGCCGAAGCAGACAACAGCAAGGUUAUAGCAAAGGAGAACGAUAUCACUUCAUACCCCACCAUUAAAUUCUUUCCUAAGGGUUCAACUGAACCGGAGGAAUACGACGGCGGCCGAAGCGAGGUUGAGCUCAUCGAGUUCCUCAACUCAAAGACCGGCAGCCAUCGUACUCCCGGUGGUGGUCUCGAUGCCACGGCCGGUACUAUCGACGUCCUAAACCAUAUUGCUCUCAAGUACUCGGCCGGCACUGAUAAGCUGGCUGAGCUCACAGCCGAGGCUAAGAAGGUUGUCGAGGGCUUGAGCAAGGACGCAGAGUACAAAUAUGCCGAAUACUACAUCAAGGUGUUUGACAAGCUUGCCGAAAACGAGGGCUGGGUUGCCAAGGAGUCGGCGCGUCUGGACAACAUUCUCAAGAAGGGUGGUUUGGCUCCCUCCAAGUUGGACGAACUCAAGAGCAAGUCCAACAUCCUGAAGCAAUACUUGGACCAGGUCAUCGAGAAGAUCGUUGGCAAGGACGAGCUUUAAAGUAGCGUGAGUUGGUUAGAAGAGUUGUCUUAAAAAGAUGAUACCAGUUAUGUCUGCUGCCUGGAACAAACGCGUUGCGUCAUAGUGUAAAAUUAUUGUCACCUGUCCACCCGGCGAGCCCCAACUCCAAGAAACGCCGUGCACUUGGUCAUGAUAAUAACAUAACGCCAUGAUGGGUCCAUGAUAUUGACAGUGAUCUGUGUAAUUUAACUCUUUGAUGGCGAACCAGGGGCCUUCUCCUCGUUGGCUCGAAGAGCAGCUUCGAGACUGUCUAGACGUCGUGACAUCUCGUCCA